GUCUGCAAGCCUACUGUCGACGACGCGACGGCCAGUGUGUAGCGGGUUUUUUUUUUAAUUCAAAUUUUUUUAUUAUUGUUAUUAUUAUUAUUAUUAUUAUUAAUAUAACCAUUAUUUUAUCGUCGUCGUUGUUUUAGAUGUUAUUGUAGUAGUUGUUGUUAUUGUCGUUUUUCUAUUAUUAUUAUUAUUAUUAUUAUUAUCAUCAUUAUCGUCAUCGUUAUACUGUUGUAUUAUCAUAAUUCGAUCGGCCGACGACAAACACCUGACCGCUGCUGCAAGUUGUCGUCGUCGCCGUCGUCGUCGUUUUUUCGUAUGAGUUUUUGUUUUUUUAAAUAAUUAUUUUUGUCCGUUCUGCUUAUUCGCGCACGAUUCGCACACGUUAUCGUAACGAAAUCGUAUUCGACGUACGCGACCUGCAUAAUAUCGUUUUACUGCCGUGCCUAUCAUCACCGUCUUCCGCGACCGUUGGACAACAGUGCUCGGAACAUCGUCGACAAAACGGAUUGCAGGCCGACAUGGUGGUGCGGCCGCGGCCCGCAACGGAUUGCGACGGAUGUGUGCGGGCGGUGCGUGCACCGUCGUCGGCGCGGCACUGAGACAAAAGGUCCAACGACGAUUGCCAGACGAAUGGGCGGAAGAAGAUUGACGGCUGACUGUCCGGUGUCCGGUUGAUGGCCGCGGAACGCAAUGCGGGCACCGGAUUCGAAAACAACGGCUGCGGCGGCCCGCGGCUGCCACCAAUCGGUGCGGCGGUGCGGUGGACGGCCGCAGCCGCCGCGGCCGCCGCACAGCCCGACAGUCAGAAGGAGAUCAGGUUCCCGCUCACAAAGCAGCCACCACCGUCCGCGCCGGCGCAGGCGCAGGAGCUGUACCGCCGGUUGCACAGCCGAUCGCUGUCGUCGCUGCCGCCCGAACCGUUCAUGAUAAUGCGGUCGAAGGCCCUCAACCGGAGAGUGUGCAUAAAUGUGGGCGGCGUCAAGCACGAGAUACUUUGGCGGACCCUAGAGCGGUUACCGCACACCAGGUUGGGCCGGUUGAGGGACUGCAACACGCACGAGGCGAUCUCCGAGCUGUGCGACGACUACUCGUUGGCCGACAACGAGUACUUUUUCGACAGGCACCCGAAAUCCUUCAGCUCGGUGUUAAACUUCUACAGGACCGGCAAGUUGCACCUGGUCGACGAGAUGUGCGUGCUGGCGUUCAGCGACGAUCUGGAGUACUGGGGCGUGGACGAGCUGUACUUGGAGUCGUGUUGCCAGCACAAAUACCACCAGCGUAAGGAACACGUGCACGAGGAGAUGCGCAAGGAGGCCGAGUCUCUGCGGCAGCGCGACGAAGAAGAGUUCGGCGAGGGGAAGUGCGCGCACUACCAGAAGAUCCUGUGGGACCUGCUCGAGAAGCCCACCACCAGCAUCGCGGCAAGGGUGAUAGCCGUGAUAUCGAUACUGUUCAUCAUUAUGUCGACGGUGGCGCUGACGUUGAACACGAUACCGUCGCUUCAAGUAGAGACGAAGGGUGUAAUCCAGGACAAUCCGGUUUUCGCCAUGGUGGAGCUAGUAUGUAUCACGUGGUUUACGCUCGAAUACCUGCUCCGGUUCAGCGCGUCGCCCAACAAGUGGAAGUUUUUCAAAGGAGGUCUAAACGUGAUCGAUCUGCUGGCCAUACUUCCGUACUUUGUGUCGCUCAUACUGGUGGCCGAGACGGACAAGACGGACACACACCAGUUCGACGACGUGCGCCGCGUCAUACAGAUAUUCCGCAUCAUGCGCAUACUUCGCAUACUCAAGUUGGCCCGGCACUCCACCGGCCUGCAGAGCCUCGGGUUCACGUUGCGCAACUCGUACAAGGAACUGGGCCUGCUCAUGUUGUUCCUGGCCAUGGGCGUGCUGAUAUUCUCCAGCCUGGCGUACUUCGCCGAGAAGGAGGAGCCCAACACCAAGUUCCUGUCCAUACCCGAGACGUUCUGGUGGGCCGGCAUCACCAUGACCACCGUCGGUUAUGGCGACAUAUAUCCGACCACGGCCCUGGGAAAGGUCAUCGGCGGCGUCUGUUGUAUCUGCGGCGUGCUGGUCAUUGCGCUGCCCAUUCCGAUUAUCGUCAACAAUUUUGCCGAGUUCUAUAAAAACCAAAUGCGACGGGAGAAGGCGCUCAAGCGGCGUGAAGCGUUGGAGCGCGCCAAGCGCGAAGGAAGUAUCGUGUCCUUCCACCACGUCAACCUCCGGGACGCGUUUGCAAAGAGCAUGGAUCUGAUCGACGUGAUCGUCGACAACGAGAGCGACAUCCCGAAGCUGUCCAAGCAAAAUUCGCUAAGAUCACACGUGGGCAGCAAUUAUUCGCAGUACGACGGGACGAGUAGUGGCAGCGAGACGGUCCCGUUGAACCCGGCACCAGCGCGGGGUGCCGCGACCGCCAAGCCGGAACACCAGACACUAUUGGACAUCGACAAUCCAGAACAAAAUGCCAAUUCGUUCGGGAAACCUUUCGAGAGCUCGGGGAAUAUGACCGUGAGUUGUUUUAACGAAAAAUUAGACGAAAAUUUCAAUGAGUUCGAAUGUUGCUCUUGUAGACAAAAGGAGGUUAAAGAAUACUUGGACGCGGAACACCUAACACCGUACCCGACCAGUGAUCUGCGGACGCCGCUCAGCGUGGAGAUGAGAACGCUCAAGGAGGCCGAUGGGUCGUCGUCGGGUGGCGGGCAGUGGCGUUCGCGCAACGAGGUGGGCAGCGUCGACAGCUCGGACACGUACAUCAGCUGCAAGUCGCAACCAUUCCAUUCGCAGGGCGACCUGACAGCCGAUGACCUACACGACACCGUUUUCGAGCAGGUCGGCCACGUCCCGGUCAGUGGCGUCACCGUCGCCGGUAAAGGCAGUGACGGCAGCGGCGGCGGAGUUGGCGUCAACGACUCCAACCUGUAUGUAAACCCCCUGGAGAGUGCCGGUGGUAAAGGUGGCAAGGGGGGCCCGCCCCGAAGCUUGGGCACGUCGCCGAUGGACGAGUGCAAAGAGUUCUCGGGCAGAACUGCGGCAGUCGGCAGUCGCGGAAGUCUCAACGAGACGGCCAAACAGCGAAAGACAAGAUUUUCGCAACAAUCAAACAUAGGAGAAAGUUUAUUUGGCCGAUCGUCUCAAGAAAGUUUGGAUGGUGCACGGAAACGACGACCUUCGUUCGGGUUGUCAUCCAAAACAUUGACUAAUGCUACAAGAAUAAUCAAUCAACAUUUGUUCGGGUUACCACUAAUAUCUAAUAAAACAGGGAAAAGCGGCAAGUCCUCGCCAUCAGUGUCAGCUGAAUCAAUAAACCGUUCUCCGGAACUGCAUCGGAGGUCAAAGUCGAUACUGAAACGGCACCAGAACCAAGGGUCGUCGCAGGUGACUCAAGACUCUUUGUCCGGUAACCACGCGAGGAUAGGUAUCCGACGGACAGCACAUGUGGAUCCAGAAACGGAAAAGCUCAUACCAGACAAUCUAUCGGACUGUUCACCGGGCAAGAGUCCGAUGUCCCCGCAGCAGCAGCAGCAGAAUCAACCACCUCAGCAGCAGCCAUCGCCGCUGCCCCUGCCAUUGCCACUUCCGCAGCCUGCACAUCCGCAACAGCCACGACACAACAACAACCUCCACCACCUUCAACAGCAACAGCAUCAAAACCACCACCGCCACAACAACAACCACCACCACAACAAUAACAACGGCCGGACUACCAAUGGCGGCGGCGGAAGAGCGCCGGUCGAAGUGGCGCUGCUGCAAGAUCUUCUCGAAGACUCGGGCGGACCAAUAUUUAUAUGUCCACCACCGCCGCCCAUGAACGACAACACCGACAAGAGGUACUCGUAGCCGUCGCACUACGUGGUACUUGUAUACGUAUAUUAUAUGAUAUAAAUAUUAUAUUUGUGAAAUCGUAUAUCACCACUCACAAGCAAAAUUCGCAGACGCACGCGCGUAGAAUUUAAUCUUAUUAUGAUACGAAGACAAUAAUAAUAAUAAUAUAAUAUAAUAAAAUAUAUACCUACAACUACUCGCUCGCCAUUAAGCUACCUAUAUGUAGUAUACUAGUAAUAUUAUGUAUAUUUUAUUAUAUUAUGAUAUAAAAUAUAAUAUAUGUGUACAGUCAUCAAAUGCCGCUGCCAUUGCAGCGAAAUGAACGUAUUAUGAUGCGCAUCCUGUAAUUAUAUUAGUCAACGUAUUGCAAGAACGCCGCCGCCCGUCCUGGCUGGGAUACCUCCAAUAAUAUAGUGGUCACGCCUUUGUACGGCGUUUUAUUUUAACGAUACAUUUUACGUACAACAUACAAUAUACAUGAUAAUAACUAUAUGUAUACGACCUCAAGAACAACGUAUAUAUAUAUAUAUAUAUUAUAUGCAUACCUACU